AUGGGAGGCAAGGCCUUUUCUCAUUCGGAUCCUCCUCUGGAGACGCCUCGCAUGCCCAAGGAGGUCUAUCUCGAGGUAAAGAAUAAAGUCAUUCGCGCUCUAACCCCUGCUUUUGGCUGGAUCGAUUCUCCCAUUGAAGGUCCUGGUAAGAAAGAUUUUGGCGACAUCGACAUCAUCGUCUCCGGUCUCAUCGGCGACGAUAUGCGCAAGGAGAGCAUCCUCAAUCUCAUCAACCAUCUUCUCGAGGCCGACGCUCAAAUCACUGAGCCAGGAAGCGCUGUAGCCGCUCAUUUUGCUAUCCCUUGGCCCAAACAUCUUCCCCAGCCGAUUACCCAUGAUCCGCUUCAGGACGAUACUUCCAACGAACUCAAGUCUUCUGCUACUCCUCUUGGGGAUGUUUCCUCUGCUUGUACCGCUUCUUCUGAUCUAUCUCGUCCUCAAUCUGGCGCGCCAGGGAAUCCCGAUUCCAACGCUGAACCCCUAACGCUCAAAGAACUGCAAGACAAAGGAAGAACAAUCCUUCCACAUGCCGUUGCUCGCCAAACCGGACUUGCCGUCGCCCUUAUGGCGGACAGCCCUGGUUCGGAACUUGGAAGCCCUAGCCCGCAGGGAACUUUCUCUCCUAGCCCUGAUUCCGGCAAAAGGAGAAAGUCUUCUUGGUCUGCCCCAAGCAAAAAGCUCUUCAUCCCACGUUCUCGUAAGUACUCCAAGAUCUCAAAGAAGGGUGCAUCUUCCACUCCAAAUUCGAUCAAUGACGACAAGUCCGGCUUCUACAUCCAGGUUGACGUCCAUUACUGUGACACUGUCAAGCAGGCUAAGUACCUACGCUUCCACCAAGCUCACGGCGAUAUCUGGCAACUCCUCGGAUCCGUCAUCACACCCUUUGGACUCACCGUAGACAACGUGGGACUCUGGAUUCGCAUCCCCGAAGUUGAACGAAUCGACAAGAAAAGGGCUAAGAUCCUGCUUACUUCUGUCCCCAACCAAAUCCUCGAAUUCGUCGGAGUCUCCUCCACAGAGUACUGGCGACCCUUUGCGGAUGUUGACACCAUGUUCGGAUAUAUCUCCCAGUCUCCCAUGUUCUAUGUGCCUUCCGACUAUUCUGAGGACUACGAGCCUACCAAAUCCAACGAUCGUCAACGCCUAGCUAAGCGUCCUGUCUACGCACAUUGGGUUCAUGUGUUCAAGCCUUUAUGCCGUUCCAAAGGUUUCUACUCAAAGGCUCUCACCACCCGUGAAGACGUUAAGAACAAAGCGUUUGAAACCUUCAAGAUCGAAUCGGACUAUCAUCAACGACUUCGCGAAUUCCUCUUCGAGAAGCAGAAGAACGAUAUAAUCAAGGAGAUCAAGAACAUUUUCCCGGGUCCCGCUCAGCCUACGAACCAAAAGGCUAUUCAGAUGCGUUCUCUUCACAUAAAGGCUAUGAAAGAGAUCAUCGUCGAACGUGUCGACGCAUCCCGCUACAACAUUGUGGCCCCUAACAGCGUGCGCCUUCCCAACGGACUGUUCAACAUGGACCGUGUCCGGGCUUUUGCCCGCACCAUCGAGAACGACGUCGUUGCGGCAGUAGAGCGACGCAACAGCCCCCAGGCAGGGGGCCAAGUCCAGGCGGGCCGGGACGCCCGGGCUAUCACGCCCGAGGUUCCCUCUCUUCGGGAUCGACUUCCUGGAGGGGCCUAG